AUGGAUUUUGAAAAAAUACAAUUCAGUGAGAAAAUAAAUCAAGUAAUCCAGAAUGCUUUUAUAAGAUUCAAGCUAGAACAUGGUGAAUUUUUUAAAAAUCAACUAAAAAUUGCACAAAAUACUAUAAAAUAUACCCAAGAUAUACAAUGGUCUAAUAAUUUAGAUCGAAAUAUAAUUAAUGAUUCUCUUAUUUCAAAAGCUGAUUGCUCUGAAAAAAAGAUAAAUUUUUACACAAUGAAUUUUAAUAGUUCUUCAAAAACCAGUAAAUCUAUUUUUCAAAAAUGUAUAACUAUUGAAAAUAUACCGGGACUUCCAAAAUAUAAAGAAAAUAUGUCGUUAAGACUUAAUGUUAUUAAAAAUGAUGAAGAAACCCUUCGAUUUAUACCUUAUAUUGGGGAGGGUAAUGAAGACAGUGAUCUUAAUUUGCAUGAAACAUUUGAUAUUAAAAUAAAAAUUCAAAGCAAAGAAGAAAUUUUAGAAAUGGCAAGCGACCUAUCAAAUAUUUUAGUUAAAACAAUCUCAGAAUGUGGAAUUACUCUUCCAAUGCUUUAUAAUUAUUACUUAGAUUCUAAAACCAACAUUAUAGUUUCUCAAAAUUUUAAGGAAGAAUGGUCCUUAUUUUUAAAGCAUUGUAAGAAAAAUUCUACAGCUAAAGUUACUUUAGGCGAAAAAUCUUAUUAUAUCCUUGAAAUUUUCACUUCAUCAUGGAAUUAUUAUAUGCCAGUAGAAUUAUGGAAAACUAUGCAAUGGAUAGAUAAAACACCUAAACAUCAUGCUAGAGAAAAAACUGUUAUAUUAAAACCUUCUAGUUCUGACCCCUUAGAUUCUUAUUCACAACUAUUAUGUGUUUUUUGUUAUAUGAAUGGAUGUCCUUAUCAUGAUUCUUUUAUCACUCGACUUCCAACUCUUUCUCUUGAAAAAGAAGAACCUUAUGAUAAAGAAACACCUUGUUCUAAAACAUGUAUUUUAAAUAUUUCAUCUUUUAAAGAUAUUCCCCAAUCUGAAUGGACAUCAGAUGAAAUGUCUAUUUUAGCAAGUUCUGUAAAAGUUUUAAAUACAAACUCUAAACUUUCAUGUUUAAUUGCAUUAGGUUUAAAUAAAACAUGUAUAGAGGUAUCUAUGAAGAUAAAUGAUGAAUCAUUUAAGGAUUUUUUUAAAAACUUUUGGAAUAUAAAUAAAAUAGAAAAUUUUUCUAAGAACAAUAAAACAACUAAUUAUCAAAAAGUAUCAACUAAAAGAAAAAGAUGGACAUUAUACCCAGAUGAUUGCGAUAAAAGUGGAAUAAGUACAGAAAGAACUGAAUUAAAACCUUGCGAUCAUUUAGGCCUUUGUGAUGAAAAUUGUCCAUGUGUACAAAAUAGAGUAUUUUGUGAAAAAUUUUGUCUUUGUCUCGAUGAUUGUCCAAGAAGAUGGUUGGGUUGUCUAUGCAAAACAAAUAAAUGCAGCACAUGGGCUUGCGAAUGCGUGAAAUGGAAACGAGAAUGCGAUCCUGAUAUCUGUAUUGCAUGUGAUUCAGCAGAAGCCCUUGAUCCAAUAAAUAGAUAUAAUUUUAAUCGUUUAGCAUUGAUGUGUCAAAAUGUUCCUAUACAGCAAGGAUUAAGCUGUCGUUUGAUAUUGGGAGAAAGCAAUAUUUCUGGAUGGGGUUUGUUUAUUGGAGAAUCAGUAACAGCUGAUAAAUUUCUUGGUGAGUAUAAAGGAGAAAUUAUAUCUCACAAUGAAUCUGAAAGACGUGGAAAACUUUAUGAUAAAAUUGGAAUAUCUUUUCUAUUUAAUUUGAAUAAAAAUCAUGUUGUAGAUGCUACAAGGAUGGGUAAUAAAUUUAGAUACGCCAAUCAUUCCAGAAAAAACCCCAAUUGUUUUGCUCGUGUUAGCUUAGUAAAUGGCACUCACAGGAUUGGGUUUUAUGCUAUUAGAGAUAUUAAAAUUGGGGAAGAAGUAAGUAAAUAUAUAUUUAAAUUAAAAGUAAAUAAUUUAUUCCCAUUAGCUUCUAUUUGA